CACCGACUCCAUCGGGGCCCUGUGUGGUUUGCGGAGUAACGUCCCCGGCUUUACAUUUCAGCUACGUAGAUAAAACUGCGUAAACUUUUUCGUGAAUGGGGAUCUAUGCGAUGACGAGAGAGGCUAACAACGUUCCUCCCACUUACGUCAGAGAGUUUUAAGUUUUGUGGGUGUCAAUAGUGGUGAUUGAUACAAACAAAGACCAAUAAAAUGAGAGAAUACACGUUGGGCGGGGCUUCUUAAUGAAUUUAUCCAAUUGUAGAGGAAGGAGGGCCAAUAGCUGUACAGUGGCUCCGUUUGUAGCUGAAGUUGGCUGCCACGUAUUUGGCAUUCCUGCCAUGUAUAUAUUUUGGGUACAGCAUUUUAUGGGAAGGGUUUAAUUAGCUUUUUGUCAAAUUUGUGAGUAAAUGAGACAUUGUCUGUCAAAAUGAUUCUUUUUUCUCUUUUCUCGAUAUUCCCCUCAUUGUUUGUGUUUGUCAAUGGGGGAAAACUGCCCGAGCCAGAAGUGAAAAUUGAAGUUGUACACAAACCGUUCAUGUGUUACCGCAAGUCAAAGUAUGGAGACAUGCUUCUGGUUCAUUACGAGGGAUUCUUGGAGAGUAAUGGCACCAUGUUUCAUUCCAGCCGCAAACAUGGGGAUAAAAAUCCAGUAUGGUUCACUCUUGGGAUGCGAGAGGUGCUUAAGGGUUGGGAUAAGGGUCUGCAGAACAUGUGCACAGGAGAGCGCAGGAAGCUGACCGUCCCUCCAUCUCUAGCAUAUGGCAAGGAAGGAAAAGGCAAGAUCCCUCCAAGCAGUACUCUAAUUUUUGACAUUGAGCUCAUAGAGAUUCGAAACGGUCCGAGAUCACAUGAGUCUUUCCGGGACAUGGAUCUCAAUGAUGACUGGAAGCUCUCCAGAAAGGAGGUGAAAGAGUAUCUGAAGAAGGAAUUUGAGAAACAUGGAUACUCACCUAAUGACACACAUCAUGAUGCGAUGGUAGAGGACAUCUUCAAAAAUGAGGAUGAAGAUAAAGAUGGUUUUAUAUCUGCGCGGGAAUUCACCUACCAGCAUGAUGAGCUCUAAAGGACUGAGUUCAACUACUUCUUCAUUUUUUUUUUAACUACCAGAGUGCUUGUUUUAUGAAUUUCCUACAAAACAGUUACAUGAAUUGAGGAAUUUGAAUUUGUUACUGGGCUGUUUUACAUGGACCUCUUUCAAGGACUUGUUUUUUUUUUACACUUUUGAACAGUAUUGUCUUGUUUUUGGUUGAACUUGAAUACAUCAACUCAGUUUUUCUUGUCAUUUUAUGUAAAAUUACAUCCAUAAUAUAUUUGUUUCAAUUAUACAAUGCACUGAUGAUGUCACCAUAGAUGUAUUUAGGCCACAGUAUUGGAUUUUUUAUAUUGAUUUUUUUUUUUAAUAAACAGAACUUGUUAGUGAUCUGAACAAUUCAUGUGCUGAAAAAAGCAAGUGUGCUUUCAGCAGUGGGUUGAUGUGACACUGAAUGAUGAUGUUUUUUCUGUGCAUGUCUUCAUUGGUCACUAGGGGGCAUUGUUGUCCUUUACUUCUGUAUCAUUUGUUGAAAUCUCUAAUGCUUAAAAACAGCUUUAGUAUACGGUCAGUGGCCCUUGACUUAAAUUUCUUAGGUGCUGUACUGUUAAUAACAGACCAAAUGAUCAAAAUGAGUCCACAGAUAUAUAUACAAUGAUUUUUUUUAUGGAGAGUAAAUCAUGAGGAAGUUGCAGGUAGCACAAUGUUUCUUUAAUAAAGGUUGGGUCACU